UUCAUGAUUGUUUUGUUGAGUUCGAUCGAGAUUGAUUUACUAUUUUAUUACUUAAUAAUAUAGGUAUAGUGUGUGAAGAUGAGCCAGCGCCCGGAGAAAGAGAAGCGGCAGUACCCGACGGCUGCGCAAAAAUUACGGCUGGCGCAAUUACUGGAAGCAGAUGAAGAAUUGCGAAGCGGAAAAUUUACAGCAACUUUUACGAAAAAGAUGUCAUCAGAAAGAUGGGAUAGGAUAGCGCAAAAGUUAAACUCCCAUAAUGGGGCUAAUAAAACGGGGAAAGAAUGGCGCACAACUUGGGGAGAUAUGAAAUCAUAUGUAAAAAAAAAGUAUGCGGGGCAAAGAAGAUCGAUGCUUAGAACUAGUAGAGGGGGCCCUGAUAUACAGUCAGAGAGUGCGGACAAAACGGCACAGUCUGAUUUGUCUGGACAUGACACAAUUGCAAGACUCUUAGCCUUAAAGUCUGGACCAGCAGUUAUGGCUUUAGAAGAUGACAUGGAAUUGGUGCCAAAUGUGGAUAUAGAAAUUGUAGAAGAUGACCCAUUAUACUUGACUGAGACCAAGCCAACUGCCACUGACCCAUCGGACACCGAUGAACCUGCAAUAGAACCCAAAAUAGAACAACCCAAUCCUCAGCGAAUACCUUCAGAAAAUGAUCAAAGUUCAGGGAUCCCAAGGCCCAGAAGAACAGUUGCGCAAAGAAGAUUUCAGAAUUAUUUCACUGCGGCGCAACAACCAAUGCAUCUGCAAAUUAAACAAAAAAUACGAAUGAAGAAGGACUUUAAUCAGGCUUAUUUGUAUGAGAUGCGGCGACGCACAGACGCAAUUUUAGAAUUGUCGAAUAGCAUUAGAUCUUUAAGUAGCAUGUUUGCGAACUUGGAAGAGAAUAGAUGAUUAUGAUAUAAUGUUUUAGGUAUAAAUUAAUGAUAAUAAUAUUUGUUAUUUUAUAAAGAUUUUGUUAAAUUUAGUAAUUAGUUUAUCUUGGUAUGUCCAG